AUGGGGAGCUCAACGUCGAAAUUUCGUAAAGCGCUACAGCGCGGAGAAGGAGUUGAGGCCAUGAACAUUUAUCUGAAAAACCCAGACAUAAAACGUAAUCUAGACCCCAACCACAGUUUUGGCGUGAAUCACGGCCAUAAUACAGCACUACAUUACGCUGCUUUGCACGGUAUGAAAGCUUUUGUGCGAGAAUUCCUAGAGGAGCGCGCAAACCCGAACAUUCGAAAUGCUUUGGGCCAAAAUUCUCUACACUGUAUUUGUUCCGUGACGCACAUGUACCAGGUGAACGAGUCAUCUCUUGACAAGACCAGGGCUGAGUGUUUGUCUAAUCUUUUAGCUUGGAAUUCAAGCAACCAAGAGGAAAUAGCCGCCGAGAUAGAUGUAAAAGAUGAGGUAUAAAAUUAGUGGAUAAAGUUAUAGUAAGUCCAUGUGAUUGAAAGAACUUCCGCUUGUUGUGGCUUAGAGAGUUUCACUCUGAUAUCUUCGAGACGCUUAUAUUAUUCAUUUAAUACUCCAUUGUCUUCGUCAAAGCAAACAAGUUUUGGUAUUUAUUCAUCAGUUGUAAUUUACUCAUGGAUCCCAGUGAAAAUGUGUCAAAAAUAUAUAUAUAUAUAUAUAUAUAUAGAAAUACUUUUACAUUUGAAAAAGUAGAGUAUAAUAUUAAAAUGCAUGUAGCGUAAAGAAAUUGGAACUAAAAUGUCGAAAAAAAAGUUUUUGAUUUUUCCUUUUUUGAUAUUUGGUAUCCAUUUUCUAACACAACUGUUUCACACAUUAUAGUUUGUGUCAGUUUUUCAGUAAAAUUCAUGUAUGCUGUAUAAAGUCUGGGAGAUGACGAGAUUACAUAAUUGAGGUAGAAAACAUGACAGCAAUUUUAUUGAGUCUAUCAAAUCUAAAAAAGCAGGUGCAGCUUCUUAGCAAACAUAAAUGGAGUUACUUUGAACUUUUUUGUAUUCAGACAGUCAAGUUUGUUUUCAUCAGAAAAAUAUGUAUGAUGUCAUCUAAACAAAUUCUUACAUCAGAUGAAGUUGAAAUUCAGUGAGAGAAAAAGAUAUAGUCUGUUGCAAAAUAUAGUCAGUCAUAAUUCCCCACAAUUGUUGCAGGCCUGCAAAUACCAUUUUCCUCUUUAGGAGGAAUAUAUAGACAACAAACCAGAAAUGUUGUCAGACAUACACUAAAUAUAUGUUAACUUUUAAGUUCUUUAAUUACUAUGCAAAUCUUAAGCUACAAAAUAUUAGUCUUUGGUAUUUGAUCUUUGUGGUCAUCAUGUCUGAUUGCAAGAAGGAUUUUAUCAGACAUGGAGAAAUGUUAUUAAAACAUUGAUCAGAACAGAAGUUUUUAAGUAAUUUGUGUGUUGGAUGGAACAAAUUAUUAAUCAGUAUGCGACAAGCCUGUUUGUUUAAAAAAUUAGGAAUAGAACUAAGAAACCACGGCAGGAUUAGCUCAGUUGGUAGAGCGCUUGACUGCAGAGCGGGAGGUUGCGGGUUCGAUUCCCGGGGCCGGACCAAUACUCAGGGUCUUAAAAUAACUGAGAAAUGAUAGUAUUCCCUUUGCCCCGCAGGCGGCUGAACCUUCACAUGGCUCGGAUGACCACGUAAAAUAUAGUGUCCCCAAUAAGCACUUUCGUGCAUACAUUGACACUCAAUAAUAAAGUGCUUUUUUUAUCACAUGAAGCUCGAUUCUAAUUUAUUGUUGGCAAUUGAAAAUAUGUGACAAAGAAAAAGAACUUAAAACAGCCAAGUCCUCUUUUACAGUAUUAAACUAGGCAGUCAGUAGUGAAUACAGUAUUAGUUAAGAGCCAAGCAACCUCAGGGUCCAAACAAAAUGGUGUAAAUUUAGAAAUGUAGAUUCACUCAAGGUUUAUGUAGAAAGUGUUCUAUAACCAAGAGGGCCAACUCAAUAGCCAAUGAUUGUUUUUAUUAGCAGUACUACGACUUGUAUGAUGUCUCAAUGAAAGUGGUCAAUAUUCAAUAUGGUAACAUUCUAAUGACUAUAAUAUGUGUACUUUUUUCAGGCUGGUAACACACCCUUGCAUUAUGCUGCUAGAUCAGGUCUUUUUCACUGUGUUCAGGUAAGCAUGCUCUCGCUAGGGAACAUUGCUGUGAGAACUUUAGAACUCACCAGUUGAUUGGGGGAUCUUUGCCAAAACUGGGAGUCACUUAAGGGAGACUGGGAGACUAAGCAGCUCUGCAGCAUUUUUACCUGAAAUAUUAUUUUUAUUUUUAAGAUCUUGGUUGCCUCUGGUGCCUCCUUGUAUGAAGAAAAUAAAAAUGGAGAGACUGCUUGUGACUGUGCAAUAAAAGGGAACUUUAAUGAUAUUGCAUCUUUCCUGGAGUCGAGAAUGGUUUUCUCUGUAAGUAUAGAUCAUGUUUCUAAGUUAAAGAAAUCUUCAACUGAUGCCACAUGUACAUGUAUCAGAUGAAACUGGGAAGGAAUAAUUUAAUACUUACAGAAAAAUGAAAAAGCUGCUUUAACCCAUGAUUCAAAUUCUAAAUCAAUUUAGGGUUGAAUACUGGUUUAAUCUGAGGAACGAUUUUUCCCUUUUGUAAACAAUGACAACCAAAAGUCAUGUUGCAAGUAUAGGUAGUGUAAUUAAUUACUUAGUUAUUAUUACUCUUAUCAUUAUUAUUUUUUCACUUUCUUUCAAACUAUGUUCCAAGGAGAGUCCAAGUGCCAUUGCUGUUGAGGAACCUAUAUUUAUUAACACAGAUGACCAGGUAUAAUUAAUUGUAGGUGACUUGUUGAGGUGGCAGGAUACAGAUUUGCUACUGGUUUAAAAAGGAAAUAAUUAUUUUAUCAUCACCAUUAUAUUUUAGAAACAGUAUCGAGGCCUGUGUGCUCAAGAUCUACAAGAAGCUAAGGACUUGAUGCUUGUGGAGACUGCCGAUAUGCUCAGGGUAGGAAUUGCAGUUCAAUAAGAAGUGUCUUUGUGAAGUUCAGUUCUAUCUACAUGUAGUUGAAAUAAAUUGUUAGCAAUAAAACAAUGCUCUCAAGAUCUCAAAGGACUCGUUUGAAAGUGUUUGUUUUGUCAUCUUGGACCAAAGAAGAAAAAUCAACAACAUACUCAAUUACAACCCACAGACAGUGUCGAUCUCCACACUACCCCUCCCCCCCACCCCCCAACCCCUGAUUUGAACACAGGCCACAGUAAUGGAAGACAAGUGCUCUCACAACCAUGCCCUUUGAAACAGAGAAUUAUUUAACUAAAUAUGAAGUCGUGUUGCUCUUGUUUAGGUGCCAUUAUUCACUGCAGAGGGUCUGCUGCGGAACCAUGGUUAGUAAAUUUUCAUCGGCAUAAUUAUAACCAUUACCUGUUAACAAUACCCAACAAAUAUUCAGGAAAAUUCAGAUUCAGUAGGAAUUGCUUUUCUAAAGAUUUUUAUUGUGGUGUUAAUUUUUUUAUUGGCACUGUGCCUUAAUAAUCUUUUGAAAGUCUGUCAUGUCUUAACUUUAAUCCAGCCACAGGCUCAGUUUCAUAACCAUGGACAAAAGAAGUCUGUAAAAUGUUUUUUCCUUUAAACUGUGGCAGGGUAAUGGUGAGUUUUUCAUUUUGUAUAUGUAGACUGGUCCAAGGAGGCUCUGAUUGAAGCAUGGAUGACUGAUCCUGUUGCUGCUUGUGAAAAAGCUGGCGUUACUCUUCCAGAGAGUAAGAAAGUGUUAUAAUUCUGUAAUGUAAAGUUGGUAUAAUCUACUGUAGUUUUUGUUUGCCGUUGAAAAAUCAGUAUUUAUGAUAUGUUAUGCUGAUAUUUCAAUUCUGUGUCAUAAAUAUUGUGACGUGUGUCAUCAACUCCUGACUCCUAGUGACCAGCCAAAGAGCUUGUUAAAAUGGCUAUAAAGACAAUAAGUGAUUGACUUUAAUUUUUGUGGGCAUGCACAGCUCCAGUGAUCAUGAGUACCUUUGAAGCCAACAGGAUUGCAACCGCAGGGCAAAGGAGGCUUUCUUAACUGUAGUAAAACAUUUUUGUGGAAGAAACUGCCUUGUUAGCCAACCAUGUGCCCAUCAGGAGUUUCCAUUCUUAACAUAACCACUUACAUGUAGCAGAGAGGUUGAAAUAUUCAAUUCUUUUGCCUUUUCCCUUUUAUGUAAACCAGAUCAUCAGACAGGCAAUGCUGAACUUGAAGAGAAAGCAAAACUUGCCAGAAAAAGUAACUUUAGAAGUUCUGUGAGUAUUCAUGAAUUCAUAAGAAAUGUGAUCAUCCAACAUUGUGACUUGUUUCCAUGGACAUAGUUCAAGGUCUUGAUUUUGUUUUCUUUUAGAUAACUUUUUUCUUUACUAAUGUGUUGUAUGUUUGCUUUUCAUAGGAGGUUUGUUCUAUCUGUGUGGAAGAAAUAGUCUAUGAAGAUGUUCCACUAUCUCUUUCUUGUGGUCAUGAAUUCUGCCGCUCCUGUUGGGAGAGGUCUGUACAUGUAUUUAAAGUCUAUAAUAUUUUUGUUUUUCUGUCUAUAAAUGUUGUUUUCUGCCGGGUGAGAAAUGAAAGAAGCAGAAAAUGUUUUUCUCACACACAUCUGGGAGUCUGGGUACUAGUGUGUUGGGGGUCUUGACUUGUCAUAUGAUUGGUUGUAAUUAAUGUACCAUUGCCUGACCUCUCACCCACCCACCCACCCACUCUUGAAGCUGAGUAGUUUUAAGUGAUUGCCUCUGAAGGUCAUUUACUAUCUCUUUCAUAGCUACUAGUUUCUCUAAGGAUAUAUUAAUUUAGUUAAACAUUAUGUUCUUCAUGGCAGAUACUUAAAUGAGAAGAUUAAAGAUGGAAAAGCACAUGGUAUUCAGUGUCCUGCAUUUGAUUGUAGUGCUUUAGUGCCUGUGGUGAGUAGCUAUUAAUAAUCUAAACAAACUUACAGUAGAAAGAGAGUUUGUAAUCUGCACCUGCAUUGGUAGUCAUGUUGACUGUUGGGGCGCCAUGGACCUAGUAACUCUUUCCCACCAAUUGAUUUUGUUUCAGAUUUUCUAUGGGCAUCACAAAACUUCAACCUGUCCACUCAAACAUGUUAUUCUCCCAACGCUGUUUUUGACAGCCUCUUCUUCUCCCUCCUUGCACUGUUCCUUGUAAGAUUGCCUUUUGCCUUGGCAAGACCUGCUGAUCUUGAUACAAGCCCAAACCACUUUCACUUGCGUUUCUUUACCAUGGUUAAAAGAUGUUGUCAUAGGGCCCAAUGGCCUGCCUGAUUCUGUCUCUGACGGCAUUGUCAGUCAUGUGGUCUCUGUUUGAGAUGCCAAGCAGUUUCCUAAAGUAUCUCAUCUCAGUGGCCUACAAUUUCUUUAGGAUGUCCACUGUCAAUGUUCGGGUUUCGCAGGUAUACAACUGUACUGAGAGAACCAGGGAGAGCAUAAGUCUGAUCUUUGAGCUUAGAGAGAUAUGCUUAUCGUUCCAGAUGGUCUUCAGUCUCGCUAGUGCUGCUGUUGUCUGUGCAAUUCUGGACAGUACUUCAGGCGGCUUAGAAACUUGAUCUGUGAUGACUGCGUCCAGAUAGCUUUACUUUAAGCUGUCAACCUUGUCCAGUUUUUCACCAUUGAUCUUGAUCUCCAUGCUGAUGCCAUUUGUGUUAUUGGUCAUCAGUUUGGUCUUAAACCACUUAUAGAUAUAUUCUAUCGAUAAAAUAGUAACGUUUUUUCUAUUGUCACUGAUCCUUUUGUUGUUGUUUUUUAACUCCAGGAAACUAUUGAAAGCCUUGUCUCAAGAGAAAUGGCAAAGAGAUACCUUCAUUUUGAUAUAAAGGUCUGUAUUUAACAAUAUUGUAUAUUUAAAGUCCUGCACAUACCUAAAAAUAUCAUUUUGAGAGUUGCCUAAGUCAUCGUUUUCUCGUUGUCAUGUUUGACUUUUAGUAGAUGGAGUGACUUAAAUUGAAUUUUAACCUUUUAAGCAAGCCUUUAAGAGCCAUUUCCAGUUUGUUCACAGAUGCUUAUAACUCAUAUGAAUGACACAAUAUAUAUUAUUUCAUAAAUGACGAGUUUUAACAUACAUUUGGCAGGAAUUUGUUGAGAGUAAUCCCAGUUUGAAAUGGUGUCCAUUUCCUCGGUGUGGCCGAGCUGUGCGUCUCCCACUUAGCAUGCUACCCUCAUCACCUGUUGCUCGGGAAGUGAGCUCAUCAGAAGAAACAGAACCCAUGAUUGUAGACUGUGGUCAAGGUCAUUUUUUCUGCUGGUAAGUUAGUAAGCAUAGGAUACUCACCAAUAUAUGCAAAGAUCAAAGUGAAAGAAGGGGCCUAUGCUAAUGGAGUGUGUUUGGUAUGGAUACUUUACAAAUUACUUAGAGUCAGUGGAAGAACUCAGAAAAGGGUUAGUGCCUAAUCGCAGUGAAUGGGAUAUAAAUCUUUCACAGGAGAAGUCACAGAGAUUAGCACAGGCUACCCACUUUCUACUAAGAGUACGUUUCCCAUUAAGCAUACACUAUUUUGAUCUGGGUUUUGUCAGUUUAGAGAAAUGCAUGAUGUUUUCAAUCUUAUUUCAUAUCCCUUGUGAACAAAGUCAUUUAAUGAUAAAGUGGGAAGCCCAGAAAGGAUCUUUUCACAUUCUAUACUGCAAGAAAUAAAAGUUGGAAACUGAGAGUGGUUUAUACUCAAAUGGGUGAAGAUCAUUAAGAUUGUCUUUAAAAGUAUAUUUUGUAGAAAUGGAGCAAUUUGUUUGAAACUGUUUUCCUGAACCUCAGGCACUGUGCACAGGAAGCCCAUGCUCCUUGUAGCUGUGAACUGUGGCGUAAAUGGCUGAAGAAAAUUGCAGAGAUGAUGCCAAAGAUACCAACCACAAAAGGUCAACUAAAUUCUUACUGCUACAGUCAGUGUCUGGCCCUAUAAGUAUCUGUCUUGGAGAGGUGUCUACCUUGUGACAAAUAUCCAAGAAAAUGACCCAAGAAUGGCAGGAUUACCAACUUAAGGUUGCCAUUCUCGGGAAGCGGUUCUGAAAGAGCUGAAUGCAUUAUAGCACAUGUUUUGCAGUCAUUUAGAACUGCUUUAAGCCUUGUUUGCAUGAAGGGAGAGUGAAGGUCCAUUGAGGAGUUUCCCCUUCUCUAUUUGUGUCCCAGCUUCUUUGCACAAGAGGUGUGGCUACCCUAGGCUAGGCAGAGGGUUACCCUAUCUGCUCUCGAUCACAUUGUAACUCUACUAGGAAGGUUAAUUUCUUUGUGGCCUUGUAAAAUGGUCCAGCUAUGGUUACACUCCUAAAGGGAGUCAAGUGAAAGUUCAAGUCAAAAUACCAUAUAUGCAAGUUUCAGUGGCAAGAUAGCUCUUCCCUUAGUUAACCUUGUUUAUGUUAAGAGGAUUAUCCACCUUCCUUUUCCAACAGGGCUUAAGACUUUGCUGACAACUGCAUUUCUUCUCUGAUUUCCGUUUUAGAUGUUUCCGAGUGUCCUGAAACAGAAGUUGUUGCAAACACCUUAUGGCUAGUAACAAACUCUAAAUGCUGCCCUAACUGCAAGUGAGUCAGCUAGAUUUUUUGUUGCACAGGCUUACUCACAGGCCAUGUUGUGAAAUCAAGAAAUAUUGCACCUCCCCACACCUGCAUAAUUUUGCUUGUUAGCGUGUAUAAUUAUUGGUAAAAGCUUUAUUUUAAUACCGAAGCAAAAGCACACAGAUUACUAACUAUAUAUGUACUAGAAGGGCUGGAAGAUUUGUUUUGUUAGUACACAUUGUACUUACAGGGAAUUGCAAACUACAGUAUGCUUUAUGGUGCCAAGUUAAGCAAUAAUUGUUGCCUUCUAGAUCGCCCAUUCAGAAGAAUGAAGGAUGUAAUCAUAUGAAAUGCACAAAAGUAUGUAUGUUUUAACUGGAUUACAAUAAUUAUUUUUUCUGGCCAUUAAUAUGUUAGCAUCUCGCUCUUUCCCUUCAGAAUAUCUUCUGGUUUCUUCCUUGAUAACUUUGCUUGUUUUUAUUUUUUUGCUUGGUUUGUUUUAGUGUAAACAUGAGUUCUGCUGGGUUUGCCUUGAACAGUGGAAGAAACACAGUUCAGCUACAGGAGGUUAUUUUAGGUUUGUACAACAAUAAAUUCUUCACCAGGUUGACCCAAUUAAUGUACAGUCCUGACAUUAUACACUUUUGUACAAAAAAAGAAGUGUGUGUUAACCAUGGCAGGUUUAGCUCAGUCAGUAGGGCCCUGACCUGCAGAGGGAGGAGGGGGGGAGGGGGGCUGGUUGUGGGUUUGACCCCACGUAUGCAUUAACGACAGCAGUUUUAGCUCAGUCAGUUGAGCAAUGGACUGCGGAGCAGGAUGUUGCUGCUUCAAUCCUCAGGGCCAGACCAACACUCGGGGUCUUAAAGAGGCAUGAAAGUGUGUGUUAACCACAACAGGUUUGGCUCACUCAGUAGAGCAACAGACUUCAGCGAGGGAGGGGAGGUUUUGGGUUUGAUCCUCAAGGCUGGACUAACACUUGGGGUCUUAAAAAAACAAAGAAACAAAGGUACCGCGCCCUUUGCCCAGAAAGCGGCUUAGAGACCUUCUCUAGGCCUGGAUGGUGACAGAAAUUGCAGUCUCCUCUAAAUUCAGCCGUUAAACUAGGUUCAUGUGACUGACAUCCCGUAUACUGCUGAGAAAGGUUUAUUUAAUAUUUUAUUCUUUAUUUGCAGGUGUAAUAGAUUUGAAGUAGUGCAAAAAGUAGAAACAGAAUCAGCUAAGCUAGUGUCAGAGGUAAUGUUCUUUUAAAUCCUAUUCACCAUAGUAGAACAAAAGGUAUACAAACCAGGUAACGAAAUCCUUACAUUGUUUACAUGUGCAUGUAACUCGUUUUGUGUUUCGUGUUUAAAUCAGUUUUGUACCCUCUGAGUUUAGCUUCAGACUAUAUCCAUGUCUCUCUACCCUUCUGAAGAGUACUCGUUUGUCAUUUAUUUUAACAGGCAAGUGCAAAGAAUGCCCAAAUAGUAGAGUUGAAUUGUUUCCUACAUUACUACUCUCGCUUCAAGAAUCAUGAAAAUAGUUACAAGGUAACGGCUUUUACUUAGUUCUUUUUACUUUCUGCAUUUGUCAGCCUGGAGCGGAGGGAAAUGGCUAAAUUGUUCCCUACAUUGCUCCUUUUUCAUCAAGCUUGACUUUUUUGUGUUUUAGUUUGAAGAGCCUUUAUUGGGAACAGCUAAAGAUAAAAUGACAGCUCUGGCGAUGGCUGCCAUAGAAACAGGUAAGCCAAAAUCGUUAAAGCCUUGCUAAGAUGUUAAAGGACUUUCCGUCUUCACUAAGAUGACCCAGGGAAAACGAGAUAUUUAACAGUCCAAACAGAUUCAAGCCAGCAUUUUGAGAUGUUUUGACUUGUAAGUACCCCUAAAUUCAUGUCUAUGUGAAAUUUUUGGCUUUUUCGUGAUUGGCCAUUUUGUUGCACUUCAGCAUAGCUGGAUGGUGUUGUUUUUAACUGCAGUAAUGGGGCUGUUUUGUGGAUUGUGUAGUUAACCCAUUCGCUCCUGGAGAUUUUGCCGAAAAACGCGUUUUGAAGCUAGUCGAGUGGUUUUCUGGUCACUGUCGUGCUAUAAAGAGCUAAAACUUACCACAAACCGGUUAACAGGUCGUACACUUGGCGGCCUUCUGAUCCAGAUGCAAAAUAUCAGCUUGCGAAGUUCGGGCAUGCGCAGAAAGCCAAAUUUCGCUUUCUCUCCUCCCUUCUUUUUUCGCUUUUCUUGCCUCAUUUUUUUUUUUUCUCUUGCUGGGCAUUUAGUAGGCUUCAUUUUGGUGGGAAGAGUUUUUAGGAAAGCUUUUAGGAUCUUAGGAUUAGGUGAAAGGAAAGGUAGGUGGGCAAUGGUACAACAUUUUCAUGGAGAUUUUCUGGUCAAUGUCACGUUUUUUUUUGCUUCUUUCUCCGGUGUCCUUGACUGAAUUGUGCUCAUUCUGGUAUGGUUUGAAAGAUCUCUUGACUCUACACAAGUUAGCGAAGAAAGUUGUCCUUGGCCGUUAAAACUGAUGACGUCACAAAGGGUAGAAAGGACCUGGAUCCGCACGGGCGGUUACGGGCGGUUCAGGGGCGAAUGGGUUAAUAUGUUAUUUCAGUUCAUUUUUUUCAUUUCAGAAGUUUUUGUUUUUCCUUUGUUUCAAAUUCAUUAGCAUGCACAACCAUACCCCCAAACCAAGGAAACACAAAAAUUGAGUACAACUGGGACCUUAUCGCUCUGUGUUGGCUAUUACAAGAUUGUGCCAGAAAUUCGGUCAAAAUUUCUUCCCAAAAAUUUCCAUAGAACAAUUCAGUACUUAACCGACCCAGUCUGAAGCGCCACAUCAAAAGUUCCAAUAACUUAGUGGUAAAUCAAAUCACGUUUUUUGCCCAUUGCAGUAAAAUCAAAUUAAAGUACAAAUAGGAUAAAGUUUCGUUUUGAUUAACUGAUUGAUUGUUGAUGGAUUUAUUGCAGCAUCAGCGGAUAAUGUUGAUACGUCUUUCAUCGAGGAUGCUGUGCAUGAAUUACUUAAUGCAAGAAGAGUUUUACGAGCAUCAUAUCCUUAUGGUUAUUAUCUUACCGGCAAUAAAGACAAGAAAGCAAUCUUUGAGUCCAUGCAGGUUAGCGUUGUUACAUGUUUACGUUAUGAUCAGUCGUGUUGUAUUAGCUUUGCUCUCUCAUUAUUGUGAACAGCUUUAAGUCGUCCCUGAGUCCACCAGCUAUUAGGUUUUGUACGACAUUGAUUUCAUUGUUGUUGUUGAUUUUUUCAUCAACUGCUCGUUAUGAUGUUAGAGUUACAGAAGAGUUGGCAGAACCUGCCUCCUCCGCAGGCUUACAAAGGCAUAGUUGGGGACACGGACUUUUAACCCUUUAAACCCUAACAUCAAAAUUGAAAUUCUCAUUUGUGAUCCCUAUACGUUUUCAAUAGAAGUAGUGGGGAGAAUUUUUUGAAGUAUCAAUUAGAUUCAUCUUGUGUGAUCAUGUCCUUAAUUCUCAUGACCACUCUGUUUUACAAAGCAUUGAUAUUACAAGGAGAAAUUUGACGCUGAUCACUCUUAGGGCUUAAAGGGUUAAAGCGGGCUACUGGAGACGUGCGAGAAGCGUGUGUGGGAGUUGAUAGCGCCAGCGGGGAGUGAUGGGAAGGAAAACGAGAAAAAAGGACAUACAGAUCAAAUGCACGAUUCAAGUAGCCUGCGCAUGCGUAGCAAGCGUCUCUGUGCGGUUUAGGACCAAAGAACAAGGAACAAGAGUCAAAGACCGCGCGAAAAAUGGCGCAAGUAAAAGAGCGGGGAGGGGGUGGGGAAGAAAGGAAGGUUUACUUCCUUCCCCUCCCCCUCCCCCUCUUUCAUUUUUUGGCUCUCGUUUCAUUUCUUGCGCGGUCAAAACCGAAAAUCCCGUUCCUCGGUUUUUUUUGCUCCGAAACUAAACGGAAAACGCUUGCUACGCAGGCUACGAUUCAAGCAGAGUUAAUUUUCAAUUAGUAUAGCAUUCUGUGACUCUCCCCAGAUAAUCCAACAUUAACAGUGUCUUAAUACAUAGAGCAAAAUGUUGGGUUUUUAACUUUAAACUAUUCCUCUUUUUUUGGCCGUUAGACUGAAGUAGAAGAAGCUACUGAGACUUUGUCUCAGAUGGUGGCUCGACCUUAUUUGAGAACUCCGCGCGCAAAGAUAAUUCAAACAGCCCAGCUACUGCAUAGAAAGCGACAGGACUUUUUGUUGGCUUUGUCUCGAGGAGUUAUUCCUGAUGACGAUCAGCUUUCAGAACCCACAGGCUUUGUUGAUAGGUAUGUGAUUGUCUUUGGUAGAAAGGGUAGACGGGGGGCAGGGGGUGUUGCAAGACGGGUUUUAAUAGCCGCACAUAGUGAAAACAAGAAGUUUGAUUUAACGCACUGAAAAAAGAAGCGCGUAGAAAUCGAUCCAGCUGCACAUUGGUUUAUUCGUUACUAUCUGCGAUAAUUUAUUUGAACUUUCUCUUACUUGUGUGUUUUUAUUUCAGGCUAAGUCUAAUUUCAGAUUCAGGUGCUAGUCAAGACAGUGAGGUAACUUUAAAGCCUCUCUUUACUCGCUGUAUAUAUUGAUAAUAUUUCUCAUUAGGUUGAGAAAUUUACUUCACAUCUUAUUUGUGACCUUAACAUUGAUCACAGUCCCUGGCUCAGGGUUAUCUUCUACUUGUCCCUCUGAAAAGGAGAGAACCCUGGGAACGAGGUUGCAACUCUAGCUUACUGGUAGACGACUCCUUUAUCCCUUUUCCGCGUGCUACCACCACUAGGAAUUUCCAACCUGUUUUGUCUCCAGAAGAGUCUCACUUAUUCCUGUCACUUCCCAGUAAAGCUAACAGAGGUGACCUGUCCGACUACACUCGUCUUCAUAACGAGCGUAACACGGGAGAGUGAGGUGUUACGGAUAGCGAGAGAGCGAGAGAAAUUGCCGUCGUCUUCCUCUGUUUCCCCCUGCCAUUAUCUCUUGCUCCCGUGCCACCUCGCACUUAUCUUAACCAAAGCAAACUUGGGUUUGAAAAUUCGACCAACGGUCCCUAUUAAAACACCAGGAUAGUUAAAGAAUAAUUGCAUCACUCUUGGCAAAAACAUUCAAAUAUCACAAUUCAAAUACUUCAACUUAUUCUUUUUCAGUCUGAUGAAGAUGAGAGCAACCUUGAUGAAGUGCUUUCCUCAAUUGAACAGUCAAUUCUCAGUUCACGUUUAGCGAAAUUGGGUAUAAAACAGAGCGGUGAUAGGGCAGAAGGAGAACAAGCCACGCCCCUUGAAGAUAGAGUCAACUGCGAAACUAUUCACAAAAAAUUCAACAUGACUUCCUGUUACUUAUGUAAACAUGGCUACAGCUCCAACAAGAAAGAAGAGAAAAAGAAAAGUAACUUGAAAUCUUGUUCUUUGUUUAAUAUCAAGGAAAAGAGGAAACUUAUUUUCCAUUCCAGCUUGUAUCAAACGCCACGCGCCAUUAAUAACUUUCGACUCUUGUCUGUGUGUCACUACCCUACUAGCAGAGUCGCUUCGAUCUUCCUAGAUAAGUCGGGAAAGAGGAAAGAAAGAUCGAAGCGACUCUGCUAGCAGGGCAGUGUGUCACUUAAGAGCAUUCGGUGAUUUACGCGUAGCUUGGUUUGAAAUUGCUACUCCCCUAAGCUCCUUCUUCCUCCUCAGGCGCGUGCUUCUUUUUACCCGUUUUUCUUUCAGGGGCGAGCGCGAAACGCUAGUGACUGGUACGGGUAGAAAUCCUCUUAUUGUGCAUUUCUGUUAAUUUAUUAUUAUUUUUGUUGUUGUUGUUGUUGUUGUUUGCUUUAGAACGUCACCGCCAAAGCCAGCCAGCUGAGUUUGAUGAGGACAUUGAUGUAGAUUUUAUGAGGGCCAUUCAUCUUUCCCUGCUACAACACAGCACCCCAGCCAAUCACAGAAGCCGAGAAUCAAGCUCUUCUAGUAGCUCAGCAAGCUCAAACAGAGAUCAGACACAGCCUAGGCAAGACAUGGCCGCCGCCAUGACAGUGUUCUCUACUGAGGAUAGUGCCUCUCUACAAAGAGCCAUAGAGUUAUCACUUCAAGAUUCUGCUGUAGGAGGUAGCUAUUAACCCUUUAAACCCUAAGAUCAAAAUUUGAAUUCUCAUUUGUUGCCCCUAUUCAUUUUCUACAAAAGUAGUAGGGAGAAGUUGAUAAACUAUCAAGCAAAUUCAUCUUGUGUGAUCAUGUCUGUAAUUCUCAUGACCAGUCUGUUUUAGAAAGCACUGAUAUUACGAGGAGAAAUUUGAUGCUGAUCACUCUUAAUAAACUUGAUAAGCAUGCAUUUUCUUCACACUCUUCUCAAUACAUUUCCCAUGGUACUAAUAAGGAGAAAUUGAAUAACAAUCCAGACCGUUUUUACUUGCUGAUCAGUUUCUCAUCAGCCUCAUGUUUGAUUCAACAAUAGUACUGUAAGGAAAAAACUACAUGUUGGUUAUUUCUCCUCAAUAGCUAAAAUAAAUUGUUCUGCCUUUUAAUUUUAAAAGGUUCUUGUCGGCCAUAGUGUUUAGUUUCAAUGAAGCUGCUAUUUUUACUAACUGUUGGCAAUGAUUUUUCUCUCAGAUAUAUCCUCGUCUCCUGAUGACGAUAUCAAAAGAGCCAUCAGACUCUCACUGCAGGACAGCGGUCUGCCCCCAGUGGGUAGUGAUAGCAGUGGAAACACGGACAGAUCAUCUUCUCAAAACCAGCAACCAACACUUCCAGCAGAUAGUGACAGUGAUAGUGAUGAUGAAUUCGUUGUUUAGGUAUCUCCCUCCCCCUCCCUUCCUCCCCUCUCCCUCCCCUCUCCUCCAUUGAAUCGGGUAAACUACUGUUACCUACUGUAGCCAACAUGGACGUGUGAAAUCCUACGCCAUUUUCUCAAUCUCUUCACUGUCAAAACAGCCGAUCCACUGCGCCGCCGCUUAACGCGACGUCUGUGCGUCCCUUUUUCUUUCGAUAUCAAUACGAUUGACGUCAAUCGAAUUACUAUCGGCAAAUAUCUAAAUAUCUUCCAAUUUUGGUCAAUGCUAGUUGGUUAUGAAUAAUUAGCGGGGAGAUUUAAGCCAUUCAGAUAUAAAAUAUAUUUUGAAUGCCAUGAUAAAUAAUGUUAAAUAUAAUUUCUCUAUACUUUUACCUAGAUAUAUUAAGG